AUGACCCGCGAUCUCCCUAGUAUAAGACAUAAUCUUCUCGCCAAUAUCAAACGGUCCAGUCAGAAAAGCAGAACGUAUAACGACCAGCACAGCCCCGCUCAAGUCGCCCCUACCAAGUUCAUCUCCGUUAAUGGCACUCAACUUGCCUAUCGGCACUUUGGGCGUCCCAGCAAAAUCCCUCUCCUCUUCAUAACCCACUUCCGCGGCAGCAUGGACGUCCUCGAUCCUUUACUCGUCAAUGCCAUCGCACAUAACCGGGAGGUGAUACUGUUCGACAACUCCGGUAUUGGCCAUAGCAAAGGCACCGUUCCUGACUCUAUCCAGGCCAUGGCUGCAACAACUGUGGAUUUCCUCGCUGCGAUCAAAGUUCCCAAGGCUGAUAUUCUUGGCUUCUCUAUGGGAGGGAUGGUCGCACAAUACAUCGCCAUGGCGUAUCCCCAGGUGCUGAACAAGCUGGUUCUGGGGGGCAUUCGCCCUGGUUACGGGCCAGGCGUCAUCCAGACUGCACCAGACGCUGCUUCCGGUCCAGGUGGAGGACCUGACGACCAACCCACCGAAGACUACAUGCUUGGAAUCUUCUUCUUUCCGUCAGAGACCAGCAGAGCUGCCGGCCACCAAUGGUGGCAUAGGAUCUUUGAACGCCAGGUCAAAGGCGAAGGGAGAAAAGAGUUCCUUGUUGGAGCUGGGGUCGGAGCACAGUUGACAGCCAUAACGAAUUUCGCCUCGGACCCACAGCUAUAUGAUCGACUCAGCGAUAUCACCGGACCGGUGUUGGUGAGCAACGGGAAAGACGACGUCUUGAUGGGAACGCCCAACAGCUUCGUUCUCCAGCAGCAAUUGGCCAACGCGCAGCUGCAUCUUUAUCCCGACUCAGGCCAUGGUCAUGUUUUCCAGUUCCCGUUGGCCUACGCAAAACAACUCGAGCUGUUCUUGAAAGGUUGA